AUGUUGGGGCUGUGCGUUCGGCGACUAUGCCGCUCCAGUCUGUUUCAAGGGAGCACAGCGAAUAGUGGGCGGCUGACGAACACCUCGCAUUGUGCCAGCCAUACCUCGCUGGCGCGGCUUCUAGAGCCGUACAUACCGCCGACUUUUACUGCUCUCACGCAGAUUGGUCGCACUGUCAACACCGAGCUGAUGGAGAAAGUGUCGGAUGCAGGCGGGUUGCGCAGUGUUCUAGUGGAUCACCCGGAGCUGUUCCAAGUUUCAAAGGUGGGCGAGGUGUACGUGGCGUGUCGGAUUAAACAGCGGAGUGGCAAGUCUGACAACCGCCGCGUCGGUAUGGCGCAAAAGAAUCAGCGGUCACUGGCGAGGCCUGUACUGAGAAUUGAGAGUCCGCCUGAAGAGCUGUUUCAUCUGUUUCCCACAUUUUUUGUGCCUGUGGAGGCAUUGGUUACGAAGCUGUGUGAGGCUCCUGCGGCGGCACUUACCUCUGACGCGGGCGUUGGCCACAGCCCUGAGAGUAUUGUGCGCCACCAUAUCGAGAAGCACAGGAAAUUCCUCGACGUUGUUUCGCUGAAGGAUUCCAGUGAUGGUGGUAGUGAGGUGGUGGAGUGUAGUUUUGUGCGCCUCCGGAAGGACCUUGCGGAGGCUUCGGGGGCGGACGAAGAUGCAGAGGACGGUGAGCAAAGCAUCAGCCGGCUCAUGGCAUCGUACGAGGUCCCGGACUACGAACAGUUCCGUGUCGCACGUUUGCUGCCCGUCGUGGAGCAGUUCGUCCCCAUCUCUCAAGAGAUGCGGCGUGAGGCGUUGCCGCUCCUCCAAGAGGGCCGAAGUCUGGUUCACGUCAUUGUGUCGGCGCCCGAACUCUUCGAGAUUCGCGACACGCCGGAACUUUCCGUGCGCUUUCUCCUCGAUCCGCAUUACAGACCGGUCAUCACACACACACUAGGGGAGAUCGAGAGGCAGCUGAAUGAAAUAAAAGAGGCACGCACGAGGAACGGAAUGCGGGUCCCUAUCGAUCGCAGAAAGCGGCGCGUGCUUUCGAGGCAGCUACAGUUUCUGACAAAGCCCACACCGUACUUUGAUGAGCGGGUGUUGGCCCAUGCGUUGGUGGAUGUGUUGCCGCCCAACGGUCCUCUUGGAAUGGGUCAGGCCUUCACUCUGGUUCCCCCUGAGUGCUUGCGUUGCAUGCCCCCUAACGUGCAGCGUUUUCUCAAAGAGUACCCGCACCUCUUUUGUCUCUUGGAGGGGGAGAAGGAGCCACUGGUGCAGCGCGCCGAUCUUCCAGUGCCUGAGGGGCGUCCGGCUUCGAGCAUUGGGGCAGAAGAAAUUCUCUUACUGCUGUACAACAACUACCCGCGACGAAGGCACCCAAACGGCGGAACGUGUCUCGAGCGCUGUGUCUACACGCUGCCGUUACCAGUACGUACACGUUUGCGUCAGUUGGACUUUGUGGAGGAUGUGCUCCGCAAACAUUCCGACAAGGUGGAAUUACUGGGCCAUUUUGACGAAGAACUAAUGAAGCGUGACUCUAUGGCGAAGGAUUUAUCAAAACUACAGGUUUUCCGCUUUAUUGGUGUGUAUCAGGAAGAGCUGAUUAAGCGCUACGAGGCGUUGUGUGUGAAACAUGGCCGUGACCCCAGUACGACGAAAAGCCUGCUAUGA